GCAGGGCGUUGCCCGGCGGGAGCCCCGCGGUGCCGGCUGCUGCCGGUGCGCUUGCGGGUGGUUUCCCGAGGAGUGGUGUCAGAAUGGACUUUGAUGGUGGUUUUGCUUUGUCGUUUACGAGCAGGAACCUGGAGGACGCGGCGUUGGUGGGACGAGGGCCUGAUCCCGCGGGCGCCUCGCCUGGGAGGAGGGAGCAGCCCUGGCCGGCCGCGGGAGUUGCUGCUCGACGGCCGGAGGCGUGCUGGUGGCAUCCCGCGCACAACAUGCUCUCGGCACUCAAACCACCCCCACCGGCGUGCUGAGUCCCUCCCAGUUGUGAAGCUGUCCGUGCUGUACUGGGGACAAGUGGGACGACUUGUUCAAAGCAGACGUGGUUUUGUGGUUAGGAAUGAACUUACCUUGGCAGGAAACACUUAGCCAGGCUGGCAAAGAGACUGCUUAGCCCUCUCAUGCAAGAUUUCUUCAGAAGUAAAGAAGCACAAAAGGAGACGCUCUGUUCUUUGAAAAUAAGUGGAACCACUGGCAAGAAGCAGCAACACUCUGCAUCAAACAAGGAAACCAUUUCCAGGUUAUCAAAACAUGCUGUUGAACUGAAUCUUGCAGCUGCGUUUUCGAAUGUACCAUGGGAUGCAUCAAAUCCAAGGAUGCCUUUCCAGGUUCAAAUGCUAUCCAGGAUGAAAGGAUUGGGGAAGGCAAUGAAGGAUGCACUGGAGAGAAGUCAUCGCUGAUAGCAGUGAAGGUGGAUGAGAAAAGUCCAUCAAGCACCAUAGUGCUAGACUAUGCACACCGUCUGUCCCGUGAGAUUCUCGAUCAGGCGGUGAAACAGUGGGCAGUGACUGAAAGCAAAUAUAGCGACAUACCUUUUAUUGAAAGUGAUGUGCCCUGAGCCCUGACUGGCAAGGACUGUCUUCACAGUGAGUGUCCUGUCUGUUAAGCAGUUUGUAUUUGGUACUAGUGCAAAUAAAGUAAAAUCAGUUGUGACUUAAGCAUAAUGCCACUAUAUGAAUGUGUUUGCAAGGAGAGGCUGAAAAAAAAUUGCCUUUUAAUCUAUAUUGCUAAGAAAAUAAUUGGAUUACAGUAGAAUCUAUUAAUUGUGUUAUUUGUUAUCAGCCGUAUGUCGAGUAUAUUCUGUCUUUGUGUUGAAUGUGAUCAGAAAUUAGUGUUAAAAAAAAAGGAUGAGAAGAAUGUGGCUGCCCUGCAACUGUACAAGCACUGCCACAGAGACCCCAAAGAUGCUUAACAAAGUGUGGAUUAUUUUUAUGUACUGCAUAAAAAAAUCAGUGGCCUGUUUGUAGGUGAAGAGAGGAACUCUCUAUGCUUGGUAAAUUUGUCUGUGUUUGGCUAAGUGAAACCAAGGUCUGCAUGUAGCAAGGAUAACUGCUGUUAUAAAUUUUACUUUGAUUCUUUGACCUGACUAAAUCUGUAAACCACAGAAUGAUGGUGAUGAGAAGCAUUUUAUAAAACCAAGCAGUAUUCAGGGAACCAUAUGGAUUAUGAUACUAUUCAGCUUCCAUUCUGACGUGAACCAAUGAGAAACAUUACAAUAUUGAUAAACAGUGCAUUAUAAUUAACAGAUGCUCUGGCUUCACUAAAUGCAUGAAGGCUAUUCUCUAAAAAUCCUGCAGUAAGACAGUUUAAUGACAUCUUUUCACUGUGUUCAGACCAAAGGUGUUCGGGUUUUUUAGUUGGGGGGGGGGUUGUGUUCGGGUGCUGGUUUUGGAGAGGUUUGUUUAAUUUUUUUUUUACUGUAACCUAGGUAGGUAUGCAGAAACUACUGAUGCUAACUAGUGGAACAAACUUCCAAAGGUGUAACACUGUUUUAGGACUAUUUGUUUCAUGGGAACUAUGGCUGCAUUACACUAAAAUUUCAUUCUCUAAGUAACACCCUUGACGCCUUCCUUCAGCUUCUGUAGGCUUAUGACUUACCCAUUGGUAAAAUCUUGUAUGGCGAUGCAAACGUGAGCUACAGAAACCUAAAGCCUGAGCACUGCACUGAAUUAGUGAAAAAGCCUUAGGCCCAGAGCUAAAGGGCUACGUUCUUUACCCACUUGUAUCUAGCUUGCAUCCACACACUGCACCCUGCUUCUCCAGGACUUGCAGCCUGACCUACUGUACUCAUAACUAGCAUUUGAGAUACCAAGAAAGGGAUAAAUUAAUCAUAGUCAUAUGAAAGCUACAAUGCUGGCACUUUGUAUAAAGUGAAUACCUUGUAAAAGCUUGGGGUUUUAGCACCUGUUUGUUCCUUUUUCUGUUAUGGCCAGUUUAAAAGACACAGGUUUUUGCUUAGAUCAAAGUGCUCUCUGUUUUAUGUUUCCGUUUUAUAGAAAAAUGCUUUCCAUACUGGCAAAAACUGUUACUACUUUUAAAAGGUAGAUGUAGCUCUAGGAAAUUAUAUAAAACAUGAUUUUUCAAGUAAUGGGAGGCAAGCAGAAAGAAGACUAUGUAAAUUGUUAUUUUCAUCUUAUUCUCAGCCAUAAGACAGUCUAUGAAUUGAGCUGUUAUGCAGACUUUGUGACACAAACAUAGUUAUUUGAAAUUCACCUUUAUGGGGAAGUGGUUUUAUCAAGCCAACAGUGAAAAGUUCUUUGUAACACAGCACAAGACAGCCAUAGUUCACAGUGACCAGACUAGACCCUGCUAUUAAGACUGUUCUCAGGCUUUUGAUGAAAAAGGGAACAAAAUCUGCUUAUGUUGUAAUGUCUUUUUGUUUGAAGUAAUGUAGUCUUCUUUGAAGCCAUAUGUAAAGUGGGACUAAGGUAUUAUGGCCCCUUUGAAGUCUACUGCUAGCAGUGAUGCUCCUUGAAGCUCUAAGGCUUGUAAAACAUUAGAUCAUACCCUAUGUUUGCUCCAUCUAAAAAAACUCCACGCCUUAUACUAGGGUGAAUUAAAAAGCAAAACCAAAACACUGAUCAGAUCAGUUUGGAUAUUGCUUAACCAGAGUAUUUAAAAUUAUUCCUCUUAUAAUAAUAACUAAAAUAAAGCUUUAUUACAAAAAGGGCCAAUGUUUCUGUAACAUUUGUCUUGACUCCAGAAUGUUAACACUGCUAAAGACAGUAAUUAAAAGGGGGGGGACAAGAAAAAAAAAACAAACCCAAACUCCAUAGACAUUACUUGCUGGAUAGGGGAAUAUGGACUCUUCAAGUGAGUGCAGUUUUCUGUUUGUCUUGACCCUUGUAUGAAUACCUUGGUGGCUGCCAUGGGGAACUGGGUGUUGCAACAAUUGCUAUUGCAGUGUCUCAAAUCCUUUCUUUGGAUGUAGCCAGAGCACCUGACGCUCUUCUGGAGUCAGUAUCAGAUGCACUUUUGAAAGCAGCUUCUCCAUUGGCAGGCUGCCACUGCAUGGUCCAACAGCAGGCAGAAUUAUAAAAUAAUAUAAUACAAAAUAGCCUAAAGUUACAUCAUAGCAUCUGCACUGAUAAAUAUGGAAAAUUUCCCCAAAGGAGCAAGUUACCUAGGUAUAAUGAAACAUGCCUCACCAUGAGCUUCUGUGUGGAAUGCUUGCUCUGAGAGCCACCCGUAACCCAACACCGACUGCACCGCCUGCUGCUUGCUACCUCCACCAGGUCCCUCACCUGCAACCACAAAGCCUGGCUUCCCUCACUCACGCUUGAAGAUUACAGGGGCUUCAGUAGGGCCUGAAGUGCAAUUCUGGCUGGCUGAUGAUGCUGUCUAUGACACUAACACUUCAGGGAAUGCAUACAGCAAAUGGAAAGCAAACAAGCUGACAAACAGGGAGACAGCUUCUCACCAGGAAAAUAAUCUUUUACAAGAUGCUGUCUUUAAUAAAUAAUGCACUUAAUAAAAAAACAAAACAAAACUGUUCAAUCCUACAAUCUGUUGAGAUCGGAGGAGAUCUCUUUCCAGAGUUCUACUGUAUUUUUAAUAGGCAUAAUACUAGCACAUAAUAAAGACUUCUUUACCUAAAUACAAUUGCAUAUGUUUACUUACAAUUAGAUUACUCUAAGCUGUAUAAACCACUUACAGUGGCUUUCCAGUGAAGUUGCCACUGAUUCUUUGACUUGAUUCUGCGUAAAAGGCACUCCAGUAUGGGACUGGCGUACUCUGCAAAACCAUUUACUUCUAUUUAGGAGUUAAAAAUACAUUUGUUUUAUUUUUCUCCAGGAAAUGUAAGCAUAGUCUGAGUGGGUACAAUGUGACGGACUUGGUAUUCUGCUAAUGGUUCAAAACACAUUAACUGCAGCACAACUUUGUAAAAUUGACAUUUCUGGAGUAAGACCAGUAUUCCCAAAUAAAACACACUACAAUAUAUUUUUACAAUAUUUUUUGUGGAAAAUAUUUUCUUGUGGACCAAAUAAAAUUAAAUUUGCCAUCUGUCUGUAUGACUUUUAUUUGAGAAAAAUGCACAGAUUGGACAGAAUCUUGUUACCGUGAGUUUAGGGUAAUUCCUGUUCACAUAAAUUUUGGAAGCAACUGAACAUGCAAGUUAAAGUUUAUUGAUUCAAAAGUAUACUCUUGCUAAAAUGUUGGAAGUCGUUUUCAAUCACAGAAGGUAUGAUCCCUACUCCCUGGGGAUUACUGUGUUUUUCAUUAAAUGUAGUCACUGAAAAUUGCUCCUUUUGUACAAAAAUAAUGGAAUGAACCAAUUUUAAAAAAAUAAAAAUAGGCAUUGUUUGAUAAUCUAAAACUUAUAAAAAAAAUAAAAAUAAAAGGGAGAGGUUUAUAUUUCUUACAGAACCAGCAUGAGGUAGAAAUUCAAGUCAUAUUUUCAGAAUUACCCUAAAGGUAUUAAAUUAAAUUUCUCAACUACUUUUGAAAAUAAACUCAAGGACUGUCUCAUAACAAAUAUGUACAUGGUAGCAUUAAGUUGCAACUGAAAUUUUGACAAUUUUAUCUUAAAGAUUCUUAAAGACAAAGCAAGGUGCCAUCUUUUCUUGAUUUUGCUCUCUAUUUUGCUCACCUGUAGUUCUUUGAAAGUCACCCUAGUAGUUCACCUUGAUGCCUGAAUUUCCUGGACUUUGUUUCCAGGCAAUAGCUUCUAGGAAGGAAGGAGCCGUAAACCGGUGUAGACCAUUAUUGUUGGCAAUAAAAAUGGCCCAAUGUUGGAAACUCCGUAACAAUUCUUCUGUAGCACUGACUUUUGGAUUCCCCAGUGCUGAUUACCGACUGUGUUAUUUGAACAAAAGUUUUCUUUAGUCUCAGUGGUUCAUCUUCAGAGAAGCCAAAAUCUGUAUUUGUGACCUGCCUAUAAUUGUAGAAACAAGUAGGAAGAGAUACUGAUACAUGAUUUGAUUAACCAUAAAAGAGCACGCAGUCUUAAUGUUGAAGAUUAGUAGCUACGUGUUGCAUACACAGUUAGAAAAAUUAAUUUUACCCCCCCCCCAAAGAAUAUACUUUUAUCAAGGGGCUCUGGUUAUGUCAUAUAACUUCAAAGUAUUAGUAUCAGAACUGAGCAACCUUUAAUGUACAUACAGUGAAGGGUCUUUGAUGUAUAUUUAAACUCUGAUCCCAACAAAUAUGUUUGUUCGGAUAUGUUGUGUUCAAAAACUAUAUGAUCCAUGCAGCAGCAGAUACAAGUUUUCCCAUUUGUUAUCUUCAGCACAUACUGCUGUGUUCCCUCUACUUUUCGCAAAUUUUCCACCCAGCAGACAGGAUAUUCAUGGGCACAAACAAAUGGGAACCCAGACUUGUUGGUAUAGAGAAACUCCAGCCACUUGUAGUAUUAGGACUAGGCUGACCUCUACCCCUGAAAUCAUUAGACAGUCACAAAUAUCAACAGGAAACGUGCUGCUUAGUGUUCAGAGUCUGAGACAGUUAUUUCUUCACCACUGUAAGACCAGAAAAAAAUAGCACUUUCUGAAAUACUGAAAAACUAAUUAUGCAGUUCAAUCAAACAUAAUGGCAUUU